AUGUAAAAUAAUUGUAAAUUGUGUGGAUAGAGUUAAAGAAUGCUCAUUUUAGAGAAACUAUAAUUGAAAUAUUUUGAAGCCUUUAACUUUUAUUUUGCUAAACCCAUCAAUGAAAUUCUAUCUUAAAUUGCUAAUACUCCUCAUGUAAUCUAUUUUAAGGAUUAUGUGAUAUUAGAUGAAUAAUAAGAAUACAUGAAAAGGUAGUAGAACUUCCUUAACAUGUAGAUAUUAUAAGAAAGAAGAAGUCAAACCCAGACUAGAUAUUUUGACAGAUUUUUAUGUGACAAAUUACAAAGAGCUACAUCCUUACUUAUUAGUUGUUGAAAGUCAUACUUUAAUGACUAAAAGAAAUAAGAAAAUUGAUAAACUAUAUUAUUAGAGAAUGCAAGAAAGUGAAAAUCCAAAUUAAUCAUAAAAUCAUGUUGUUGUUAAUAAUGUCCUCAAUUCAAAACUAUCAUCAAAAUCUCAAAUCAGUUAUGAAACUGAAGAACAUGAUAUCUAUUCUUCAUAGGAUCAACCUAAUAAAUAAAAUCGUUUAGAUUUUAAAGGAAUUAGUCUCCUUAAUAAUUAUGAAGAUAAUAAAUUAUUUCUUGAAUUAUUAGACAAGUAAUAUCACAGUAUUAAUAAAAUGACAAACAAAUAUAAAUUAUUGUCUCCAAAUUUUUAUAUUAAAUCUGCCCCUUUAAGUCAAUAAAAUAUAUAAACCAAUCUCAUUAAGGAUCUACAUUCAAUAAAGAAUGUUUAAAGAAGAACUAAUAAUAUGGAUCUAAGAGAGAAAAAAGGUAUAUGAAUCUAUAUAUAUAUUUUAUAGCUAUUUUUGCUAAUUCUUAGAGUGAAUCAAAACAUUCUUAAUCAAGUUUCAAGAUUUCUAAGAUAAAAGAUUCAGUUGAUUAAUAAGUUGAUUAAUUUUGUGAUUAUGUUUCUGGAUAAAUAGAACCAUCUGAUAUGGAAGGUAAGAAUAAGAUGUCUAGAAUUUAGAGUGAUAAUAUCACUAUAUAAAAGAUGCUUAAGGAAUAUUAGGGAAAUCAGAAAAGAUAAUUAAAAUCAACAAUUUCAUAAGAUUUAUUAGUUGCAAGUACAUCUACUCUUAUUUAGGGAUAUUAAGGUUCUUAAAAAAGUAUAAAAUAAGAUCAAAAUAACAAUAAUGGUAGUAUAUAAAAUAUAUCAUAAAGACAAGACUAAAUUAAGAAAGUAUAUUAGCCAUCAUCAUAAAAAAAAAUUAAUUAAAAUUAAUUAGAUAGAAUAGCAAAAGGAGGAUGUCUUACUGAUAGAAAUAUGAAAUAGUUGCCUAUAUCUGAAGAUUUAUUUACUAAAUUACAUGAUAUAAAAAUCAAAAGUUCUUAAAAUGCAGAAUCUUAAAAAAAACCUGAAUUCAAUUAUAUGAUACCAUCUUAGUAUAAUGCAAUGUCCACUUUCAAAAUUGCCAAUAAUAAUAAAGCCAAAUCUUAAUAUACUAAGAAAACUGCAGGAUUUGAUUUUGCUACUAAAUCAUAGCAUUAAUAAUAGGGGAAUCAUAGUUAAUCUAAAGUAUUGAAUAUUAAUACACAGAAAACAGAUGAUAUUGUCAAAAAAUACAUUUAAUUGGCUACACAAUCUAUAUAAAAUCAUAAAAAAUUUGAUUUCAAAUUGAAUCUUUAAAACUUAAAUAAUCAUAAUGAACCUCAUUUAGAUGAAGAAUUCUGUAUUUAUAAAAUUAUUAUUUUUAAAUAGAAAACAAACGUCUGAAUUUUCUUACUGAAAGACACAGUCAAUAAAUAUAAGAGAAAGAUUAAUUUAUUACUCAUAGAAAAAUUGUGAUUAAAUGA